ACCCCCACCUUCUUUUUUCCCCUUUCCUUUCCCCGUGCAACGAACGCAAACGCGACUCAACGAAUCGAAUCAAAUCAAAUUCGCCGUCCUCCUCGUCGGCGCCACCGGCCUCGAGCGCCUGCCCGCCGCCCGAUCGGCCACCGGAGAUGCAGCACGGGAGCGGCGACUACUCGGCAUCCGGCCCCGCCGGCCACUACUUCACGCACCAGUACGCGCCCCCGGGCUCCAGCCCGUAUCCAGCCUCCACCGAUGCACCGGCGCCGGGGGCGGGGGGCUACGCCUCCGCACCGCCCUACUCCGUUGGCGGAGGCUACCCCGACCAGCCGCCCUACUCCGUCGGGGGAGGCUACUCCGACCAGCCGCCCUCUGCCCCGGCCUACUCGCAGCCGCCGACCACACAGCCCCAAUACGGCGCCGCGUACCCGCCCUACAACACCAACCCCACGCCUUACCCGCCGGAGCCGUACUACACCUACACGCCGCCACCCACCCAGCCGGCGGCCCCGCCGGCCGCGGAGCCCAACCCCCCGCCGCUGCCCUACGACGCCCCGUACUACGGGGGCGGGUACCAGCCACCUGCCGCUGGGUGCGACAACGAGGAUUACCUGAACGAGGGCGCGUACGCGUACAGCGGCGGCGGCGGCGGCUCGGAGCCGUACGGGGCGCGCGGCACGGCCCCUGCGCGGUCGGGAUCCGCGCUGUUUGAUGACUAUGGGCGGUCGAUCAGUGUCCCAUCCGGAGGGGAGGAGCAACCCUGGAGCGGUGGCGGUGGCGGUGGCGGCGGCAGUGGGGGUGGGAGCUUUGGGCCGAUCGCGAGGGCCCUUCCAAAGGCGGACACGCAUGAGGACUCGAGUGGCGGUGCACAGAAAUUUCGGGUUAAGCUGCUUCCAGAGGGCGCUGGGAAUCCUACUGAUGUGCUUUGCCAGAUUGGUCUAGAUGGAAUUCGCAUGCUUGAUCCCAAUACAAGCAGGACCCUAAAAAUUUAUCCCCUUGAUUCAUUGACAAGAUGGGAGGUUUUGGAUUCAACUAUAUUUGCAUUCUGGACAAAGACAUCAGUGGAUAUUGAACCAAAGCGAAUUAGGCUGAAGUCAAACAGUUAUACUUGCAAUACUAUGCUUGACACUCUGACAGCAGCAACAGUGCAGUUUAAGGAGAUUGGUGGAGAUGCUAGAAGCAAAGGAACUGUGAGUGCUGGCAAACCUGCGGUACAACCAAAUGAGAAGAAGAAAGGUUUUGAUUGGAUGUUUGCAAAGCCUGUUGAUGAAGUGAAAGAUCAUUGGGUUCCAGAUGAGGUUGCCAAGAAGUGCCACUCAUGUGCCGUUGAUUUUAGCCCUUUUAAUCGCAGGCAUCAUUGUCGGAACUGUGGUGAAAUCUUCUGUGACAAAUGCAGUCAGGGAAGAAUUGCUCUGACAGCUGAGGAUAAUGCUCCUCUUGUCCGAGUUUGUGAUAGAUGCAUGGCUGAGGUCACUCAAAGGCUUAGCAUGGCUAAGGAAGCUGCCAGCAGAUCUUCAACCGUGCAAAGUCAUGAAGAUCUUGCAAGAAAACUUAAGGAGGAAAUGGAAAGAAACCGCAAGUCUUCAGGUUGGGCAUCUGGUGGUGGUGCAUCUGGUACCAGAAUGAGGGAAGUCGCAUGCCCUACCUGCACAGUCCAUCUUCAGGUUCAGAUCCCAACAUCUGGUUCAGAGACAGUGGAGUGCGGAGUGUGCCAGCACGCCUUCCUUGUCAGCGCCAAUUGAUAAACCGGGAGACAGUGCACACGUAGAAAUUAUUCUGUUGAUUACUCUACUUCUAAAAGUGCGUUCUGUCAGCCUGUACAUGUCUAGAUUGUGUUGGUGAUCACGAUAGGAUAAUGUCAUCUUUUUUAUGUACAUGAGCGGAUUAUAAACUCGGGAUUGCUGCUGAAUUUCUAGGUUUAUGUGGAGAAUACCGAUGGAAAUAUACUUGUCUUGAAUCUUCUUCA